AAUCAUUCCUCUAGAUUGAUAGCCUGUUCCCGAUAUAUCAAUAUUUUAUUCCUUUUUUAUUUUUUGUUCUCUCAUUACCCUUCCAAGUAAGUUAUAUCUAGCAAUUUCUUUUCCUUCACUGCAAGUUCUGAUAAAACUCUUAGUCUUACACUCUUCUCUUUUAUCUUCCCCAUCCCUCUGUCAAUCAGUUUUCUCUUACUUCUAGCCUCUGCUUUUAAAUUCCUACUCGUUUUUUUUCCUCUUCUUUCUUAUCAAAGAUAAGGGAGAUAAAGUGAAAGAAAGAGAAAAAUAUAUAGCCAUGGAAAUUGACCAGUUAAAAUCGGCAACAGAAGAUCAGAUGGAGAUGAUGCUGAUGAUGCAGAUGGACAAGCUGCCUGAAUUCUACGGGGUUUACAACGGCGUCGUAGAAUUACCCCCAACUGAGCUUGCUGGUGCAAGCAAUAAUGCCAUGCCAAAUUUUUUUGACAACCCACCGGUUGGCUCACCACCCCCAUUCAUAAACCAGCCAACAACUAUUCCAUUCACUGGUUCAACCCCGGUUCGGGAACAAGGAGCCCCAGGUUUCUUGUCUAGCCUUGGCAGUGCAAGAUGGAGAGGCCGAGCAGGGGAAUUAUCAGGUGCAAAUGCUUUUUUUACACCUUCUCAAAAGAAGAAUUCAAUGGCUGCAAUGAGGGAGAUGAUCUUCCGAAUUGCAGCUAUGCAACCAAUUCAUAUAGACCCUGAAUCAGUUAAGCCACCAAAGAGAAGGAAUGUGAAGAUAUCAAAGGAUCCUCAAAGUGUGGCAGCAAGGCACCGGAGGGAGAGGAUAAGUGAGAGAAUAAGGAUACUUCAAAGACUUGUCCCUGGAGGAACCAAAAUGGACACUGCCUCGAUGUUAGAUGAGGCAAUUCACUAUGUCAAGUUUCUGAAGACUCAGGUGCAAUCACUGGAAAGAGCUGCUGCUAACAGGCCAACUGGGAUAGGGUUCCCUGCUGGAAUGUCAAAUGGGAGUUUUCUUCCAAUGGGAAAAGCAGCAUAUCAACCUACUCAAUACCUUCACGAAUUCGGAGAUGCUUAGCUAGCUCAAUAAAACAAGAGUCUUAGUAUAAACUCAUUUUCUGGCGAAUCUGUCAGACUUAUUGGAAUGUAAAAAAACUAAAACCAGAUAAUCAUGAUCAUUCAUCAUCAUCAUCAUCAUCAUCAUCAUCAUCUGGAUAAUUGUUGUUAAUUCUCUCCAUGUUUAGGUCAUGUAAUCCAUGUUGUAUUGCUAUCAAAUUCAAAUUCCUGAGUAGAUAGCUCAACUGUUCAAAGAAUUAAUCAAAAGUUCUUAAUAGAAUGCAUAUGUUUCCAUGCAUCUGAUACCUGACUCUAUCUGUGACUCUCGUAUAUAAAUUUGUAAAAUUGAUGUGCAAUGCCACCUGUCUUAUGAGCAUCCAUAGCUAUCAGAAAUGCAUAAUUCUCUAGCAAAAACAAAGAAGAAUAAUUAAACAACAAGGCCAAAAGCGCCGAAUCCUAGACAAAAGUAUAGGGCAACGACAGUGGGGUUGACAGGCUAUGUCGAAGACUAUAUAAUGUCAGCUACAAAAAAUCUAGAGAUAGAAAGAAAGAGGGAAAGGUUCCUUUCUCGAAUCUUGAUAGAUAGACCUAUACAAAAAUUGGGACCUCAUUAAUUUGGCUUUAGUGGCAUGAAAAUUCCAUGAUAUUGACCUAAGUAAUGGACACAAAGGCAGAGCAGACCCCCAAAUAUGUACAGCCUUCUGCUAGUAAACUGUAACACGUGUUGAAUUUAACAUUAACCCAUGAGACGUGUCAAGGUGAAAAUUUCAAGGUACCAAAUUGGGUGGGAUUUAAGGUGAUGUCAUGGUUUAUGAAUUUCCGAGUCAUUUUCGAGAGAGAAAGAGAAACAGGUUGAAGAGAAAUGCAUGGGGAAAUCCACGUGAAGACUGACAAAGCGGUGGGAUUUAUAGAAUAGCAAUGUGGCAACCAGAUAGCGUCGUUUUCCCUCAA